AUGCCGAGAGAAGAUAGAUACCCCAACUCGCUCUUGCAGUCUCAGGCAUCACAGAUUCUCACAGCCACAGAAUCCGCACUGUUCAGUCACUACCUUGACCAUACUAGCAAAGAUAUGACUGUUAACGAUGAAGACCAACAUACUUUGCAGGUCGGCAUACCAACUCUAGCUUUCCAGAAUAAGUUCCUCAUGAAAUCUGUGCUCGCAUUCUCAGCAGUAUGUAAAUGCUGUGAUAUUAUCAACCAAUCGUCAAUAUUCUGUGGAGACCGAGAAAAGAUCCUGGUGCUUCUAUCUAUCGCAGAUCAAUAUCACAUGGAGUCACUGCAGGAAAUCCGAGCCACUCUCCCCGAAACUGAUCAAUAUGACCACAUUCUUGCAAAUGCUGCCAUUAUGGGAAUGUAUGGAUCGAGUAGCCAUUGCAUCCGGAUUUGGCUAGCGGAAACAGCAUCCGACAAUGAGCUAGGACGGAGCCAGUUUAUGCCAAAAAGCUGUCAAUGGAUCAGUCUCUUCCGCGCUGUCCGGGUGGCCUACACGGGACUACUCGAUAACAGGCUCAAAACACCGGAUGUGAUUCACCUUGCUUUGGUAACGACGCCUAUUGCUCCUGUACCAAGUUGGGAUUAUCAAAUGCAUUGUAAACGCAACGUGCUGUGUCAUAUUGAGCAGCAAAAAUGUCCCCAAGAUCAUGUUUUGUAUCCAAUAUUGGCUGCUACAAUAGUAUCUGCACUGGAAAGACUGGAGCAAGGGGCCAGAGAAAUCACCAAACAUGAGAUUGGUGGCACUGGAGACCAGGAGAACCUAACUACCCAUAGCGACCCCGAUGUUCAAGCAUGUUUUAUUGCGUUGGAAAUAUUGAAGGAUAUUGCAUCCGAAACUUUCCCUGAUCAAUAUUUGAUGCCGAACACGCCGUGUCACUCCCAUCUCGCUUCUGAUUUUGAUAUAAACCUAGUGGGACAAAUUUCGAAAGUUUCGCCUUGGAUGCAGAGAUAUACAGCUAGAAUAACUUCGAUCGUCCCGUCGCGACUUCCGCGAAGGUUCAUCAUGGCAUUUGUCCACAAAGCUCCUGCAAAGUAUUUGAACUUGGUCGAAGACAUGAUGAGUCUCAUGCAAAGCAGAGCACCCGGUGGCCACGGAAUCACUGCGUGGUCCCUGAAUCCCAUGGAUUUCGAACCCAGCCUGGCACACCAGCUGGCUGUGGAUAUAUUUGCCCAUUGGCUGGUUCUGGUUAUUUUACUAGAUAAGGUGUGGUGGAUUGGAGGUAUUGGAGCCUGGGAGCUUAGGCAACUCAUCACCAUUCGGCAAGAUACGCGAUGGCGUAUGUCCUUUUGGAAGACACCUAAAGAUUGGUGGCCGGAAAGCAUGUUCGAGAUCAGUCGGCAAUUUAACAAACAUCGAGGGAGGAAUUGA